AUGUCCCCUGUAAAACCCGUCAACGGGGAAAAGCAGCAGAUGUCCGGUCCUGACUAUGUUCUACCGCAAGGCCAGGGAAGGGUCAAGAUCAUUGCCCCGGCUCAGAUGAGUGCCAAAUGGCGUGCAAAAUACGGAUCCAUUUAUCGAGUCUGGAACGGCACGUGGCCUGAAAUCGUCAUUACUGAUCCCAAAGAUGUAGAGGCUUGGUUUUCCGGGAAAGGAGAGCACAGCAAGUUUUCCUAUGAGCCUUCCGGAGCCCUGUUUAAUUACGCCAUGGGUCAUGCUGUCGGGCUGGUCAAUGGCCAAGAUUGGAAGGUUUUGCGCAAGUUGCUGGAUCCCUACGUCAACUUCUCGAGCUCGGCAAGGCUUACCCCAAUGGUCUUGGAACGGGCAAUCGAGCAUGUGCAAACACUCCGCACACGGACCCUUACUCCCACCAAGGAAGGGGAGACUAUCGUCAAUACGUACCGAGCCGUGCAGCCGUACCCGUUUUUUACUCAAUUGGAGACUUUCUAUGGACUCUUGACUGAUACCCAGAAAGAUGAAGUCUGGUCGAUCGGUCAGAUCUUUCUUACCCUCUCUACCUGGACCGUGGAGCAAGGCCUCACACGCAGUCGAGUCUUGAAGUAUAUGUACUCAUGGGACUCGUGGAAGCUGAUCCGGGAAUUCGAUCGACGAUGGCGCAUAUUCAACCGGGGGAUCGCCAAGCAGAAGGCGACAGAAAUUGAUCUGCCGAUUGUCAAGCUGUGGCAGAACAUCCAAAACGGUGAGAUGACGGAGGACCAGCUGAUUCACACCUUUACAGAGUCGAUCUUUGCGAACCUGGAUGUCACAACUUCUGUCAUCACGGGUUGCAUUCUGCAUAUUGCCAAGGAUAAGCGGGUCCAGAAGAAGCUUCAAAAAGAAAUCGACGACCACAAGGAUAAUCUAGCAGACUAUGUCAAGCGGCAGGAUACUUUUAUGCACUGUUGUUUCCUCGAGUCGAUCCGGCUGGAGCCGAUUCCCGCCUUUUCCCUUGCAGGUCGAUGUUCUGAAGACAAAGUGUUAGGAGGGUAUCAUAUACCCGCCAAUACCAGCGUCGUCAUCGAUGCACACGCCAUUAAUAUCCACAACCCCUACUGGGGCCCCGAAACAAAGGAAUACCGACCGGAGCGCUUUGACGGCCUCAACGUGAGGGACAUGAAGUACAACCUAUCGACUUUCGGAUAUGGCUCCCGCAAGUGUCUUGGUGUCCACCUGGGCGGGAAGAUGGUUCGUAGCAUCCUGGCUGCGUUGUUCGGACAGUAUGACGUGGAUCUGGAGGGCCAGAUCAAGGACGGGGAUGAUGAGUUUAAGACGGAUAAGACGAGCUUCUUUGCCCUCUAUCUUGAUAAUAUUGAAAUGACACCGAGAGACCUAUGA